AUGGAGGGGCUUUCGUGGACUAGCAAGCUCGCCGUGACACCGCCCAGCAAGACCUUGAAGCUCACUGGAGACAAGAUUACUUUGCCGCAAACUGCUCUCGAGCAGAUUCUUGCUGCUGUUCGCAGUAUUCCGUCUUCUACUCAGGGAAACCCUCUGUCUGUCGACUUCAACUCACACAGUUUCCUCGAUAACAGUGACGCGCGACAGCGAGACCUUCCGCACCCCCUGACGUUUCGCCUCGUUAAUCCUAUAAACGGACGAGUAGUGCAUUCUGGAAUUAGGGAAUUUUCUGCCGAUGAAAAUGAAGUCUCUUUAAGCCCGUUUCUGCGUGAAAGUCUUGGUAUAGAAGACUCUAGCUUUGAUAUCGAGCCGGACUCCACCCAGACAGAGACGCAACCUACGAUCACGGUUCAUGUUGCCCAGCUUCCCAAGGGAUCGUAUGUACGAUUGAGACCUCUAGAAGCCGGGUAUGACGUGGAGGAUUGGAAAGCUUUAUUGGAGCGGCAAUUGCGGGAUAAUUAUACAACGCUUUCUGUGGGAGAGGUUUUGACUGUCACUGCCAGCAGAAGCGAGACUAUGCAAUUCCUCGUCGACAAGGUUCAGCCAGAUGGAAAGGCUAUAUGCAUUGUCGACACGGAUUUAGAGGUGGAUAUAGAACCCAUGGACGAGGAUCAAGCGCGAGAGAGCUUGGAAAAGAGGCUUGCAAGACAUACCCGAGCGCCUGAAAACGGUGAACAAAGUUCAAUUGGUGGUAAAAUCGUAGAUGGACAGGUAAUAAACGGCCAAGUGCUCUUAGGGGAAUAUGUGGACUAUGAGCUUGAGACCUGGGUAUGGUCAAAACCUUUUACUUUCAAAAUGAACUUCGAUGAUGAAAUGGCUGUUGAUAUAUAUGCAUCUCCAUAUUCAGCCAGACAAAGAGCUCGACCUCGAAGUGAUCAGCAUUUAUGGGGUAACUUCUCUAACAAUUCCCCGAAAAUAAUCGAGAUUAAACCUACGAACGUGGAAUUGCAUGAUGCGGAUUGUUUAUAUGUCUCGAUCCAUGCUCCCCUCCCGCAGCCAGGGAGCCAGGAUGGUUCUACAGAACCAAGCCACGCAAAGCCGAUUACGUUCCAGCUAUGUGUAACCACCUCCAAUGAAUCAGAAAAUACAGCGGAAGAGGAUGGUUUGGAUCAAAAUGCUCAUGGCUCUGAUGAAAUGCGAUGUACGAAUUGUUAUCAAUGGAUUCCAAAAGCAACUAUGGUCCUGCAUGAGAACUUUUGUUUUCGGAACAAUGUGGUGUGUCCAAAAUGCAAGAAAGUUUUCCAGAAGCGAUCACCUAAUUGGGAAAGCCACUGGCAUUGUCCUCAGGACGACGCAAACGGAUCUGGAACCUCAAGUAAAGACAGACAUGAUGCCGUGUUCCAUUCAACCUAUACCUGUCAGGACUGCCAAUAUGUCUGCAGGAAUCUUCCAGACUUAGCCCAACAUCGGACUACAGUGUGCCCUGAGAAGCUUAUACUCUGUCAAUUCUGCCAUCUUGUUGUUCCCCAAAAAGGCGAAUCAGAUCCAGACGUUCUAGACCCAGAAGUGGUUUUAUCCAAUCUUACACCACACGAGUUGGUUGAUGGUGGAAGAACAACAGAGUGCCAUUUAUGCCACAAAAUUGUCCGUCUUCGAGAUAUGAAUACCCAUUUACGCCAUCAUGAACUUGAUCGAGUCUCGCGGCCUUCCCCGCAGAUAUGCCUUAACCUCAAUUGCAGCCGGACAAUUAACGGUCCAAACUAUAAGCAAAGAGAUUUGACGAAUGAUACCCUUGGGCUUUGCAAGGUCUGCUUCGGCCCUUUAUACGUGGAUGUUUAUGACCCUGAAGGUAAAGCGCUCCGCCGCCGUAUUGAGCGGAAAUACCUCUCUCAGAUGCUUACUGGAUGUGGAAAGCCAUGGUGCCGUAAUAAAUACUGCAAGACGGGCCGUACCGGUUUGAAUGUUGAUCCUGGGGCUUCGCUUGCUUCCAAAGAGAUUAUUACAAUGAUCAAGCCGUUAGUUGAAGAGGUUUCUAUUGGACCGACGGUCGUCAAUACCUCACCUCUGUAUUUUUGUACGGACGAAGCUACUCAAAGAAGGAGAGAACUGGCUGAAGUUCUGGCAGUAGAAGUAGUUGCCGAUAUGGACUCCCAUACAGAAAGUUAUGAAAUAGAAUGGUGCAUAGCAGCUAUGGAGUCUACCAGCGGAGAUCCCUUUAAGGCUAGAGAGUGGCUUCACAACUGGGCUCCAAAGAAAGGAGAGACAUACACAGGUUCAUCUUGA